AUGGUAGCAAGGAUGGGUUGGGGAAUUCCUGAGCAAGGGUGGAGGAAAGGUCCUUGGACUCCUGAAGAGGAUAAAUUGCUUAUUGAAUACGUGAGCUUGCAUGGCGAGGGGAGAUGGAGUUCUGUUUCUAGGUGGCCAGGUUUGAACAGGAAUGGGAAGAGCUGCAGGCUGAGGUGGGUGAAUUACCUUAGGCCAGGACUUAAGAGAGGCCAAAUAACACCUCAAGAGGAAGGCAUCAUCAUUGAACUGCAUGCUCUCUUGGGAAACAAGUGGUCAACUAUUGCUAGAUACUUGCCUGGAAGAACAGACAAUGAGAUAAAGAACUACUGGAGAACACAUUCCAAAAAGAAAGAGACAUCCUCUCAGAAACAAGAAAAGAGAAAAGCUCAGAUCCUCAAACAGGAAGAGGAACACCAGCAACACCUGCUGCAGCUAGAAGCUGGUGACGUGAAAAUGGUCAACACCAUUGCUCAUGAAAAGAUGCCUGAAGCACCAGAGAUUAUGUACCCCACUUUGGAGGAUCAAUGCUUGCCUGUGAUGUCUCAAGAUGUUGUAUCUUGGGCAGAUUCUGUGGUAGAGGAUUAUAAUAGACUAUGGGGUGGCUUUUGGAACUUAGAUGAUCAUCCAUAG